AUGGGAAUCGACGAAGGCACUUCAUCCGGCGAUGCUGCACGCAUGCGAACCAUGCCGCCUCUACGGCAGGACGGUGACUCCUCGAAUGUGGAUGCGCCUCCUGUGGAUGGCCCGUCCCCGGGACAAGUCGCUACAGUGACGUCGAUGAAUCCGCUAUCCAAGGACUUUCAGAGAGUCCGGUACCUUCUUCAAGCGUCCCUUCCAGGGUUCCUCGUGCACGAUGACGUCAUGAUAUGGGAUAUGAAGAACCCAACGCUACAAACGCAGUACGAGGAACAGACGGCAGGUCUUCUCGAAGUCGACUCGUGGGUCGCGGUGGAAGACCUUGGGCCGUCCAUGGCUCAAAUGUACAGCUAUGGAUUCACGGCAAUGGAGUCGACGCAGCACGGGAUGAAGUUCACGACAGGGAACAUCGUCAUGGACAACCCUGGCAAAUCUGGGACGAAGCAGUUUGUGCUGUGUAAAGUGGCAUCCGGUCGCUCGCUACCCAUCGAGCGCGAGGAAGACGCGAAAGCAAGGCUUCCCCAGGGGUACCACAGCCACUACCUUGUCCAGCCGCAGGAGUCUGCUCAACGAGAUCGUUACUACCACGAGUACAUUGUCCAGUCGUCACGCCAGGUUCUGCCUCAAUACCUCGUUCGUUUCACGUACUCAGCCAUUGAAUCCAAGCCUGCACCAGUGUGUGCCUUGUGUGAGAAGCAAGCCGCAUCUCUCCACUGUCCGUCCUGCGACGCCAAUCUGUGUCCUUCGUGUGACACAUCAGUUCACUCGGCCAACAAACUCGCCGGUCGCCACAAGCGAUCGCCGCUUGCGGCGCCGUCUGCCGCUGGAGAACCCCCUGUUCUGCUCAGCCUCCCUUCCGUCCCAUGUCGUCUGCACGAGUCCAAGAACGUCGAGUUCUACUGUGCAGCAUGCGCGAUCCCGGUCUGCGUGCACUGCAAGAUGGUGGGCGAUCACUCCGCGGGGGAGAAGGGUGCCCAUCGCCUUGUGAGCUUGCUUGAUGCGUACGAGCAGAGUAUCAAGGAAUCGGCCAAGCCCGACCCGUUGAUCGAGACUCGGAAGGGGAUGAUUGCCACCAAACUCAAGCAAAUCAGCGACCGCGUAGGCGACAUCGCGGCCAACAAACGAGACGUUGAAAUGCAGGUGCGGCGCAGCAUGGAUGUCGUCUUGGCACGCCUCGAGGAAGAAGCGAAGGCGAAGAUGGACUUGCUCCGAUGCGAGGAGCUCGAGUUGACGCGGCAGUUGCAGCAAGUCGAGUGGGCCGAUGCAUUUCUCGCAAGUCAGCGCAGUCAGCUAGCGCCGGUCGAGUUCUUGGCGGCGUGGCACUUGCACAAACCGCUGCGCGUGGAGCAGCGUGAAUUCCCCGUCGUGCAUCUCGCGUCAGCAGAGAGCGUGAAGCCAGACAUCCAACUGCUAGGACGCAUGCAGGUAGUGUCUGGGGACGGCGACGGCCACGUACAACUGAACGACGACGACGACGGCAAACGACGCGACGAAGAGCAGCAUCCACACCAAGUGGGCGGCCACGUCAUGUCCCCCAAGGGGAAGCGCAUCAUCCAAGACGUCAAGAACGACCUCCUCAAGGGAGGCGGUGCUCGCAGUCCACAGAAACGAGAGACGGCGCGGGGUAGCUUCACCUUGCGCAUGUCGAGCACAUCCUCCAACACCCGCCAAGACGUGUGGUCGACCCAGUUGCGUCGCGAGAUGGGGCUUGACUCGGCUGACGACGCGUCCAAGCCCGAAACGACCGACGACUAAGUUAGGGUUCAAAAUCCAACAUCUGCAUCACUUUUCAAACGCGACUGCCGCGCACGGCGUUCCUAUGAUCGCCGCAGGUCAUGCCAUCAAGCUGCUUGCAUGACCGAAC